AUGGCCGGCUUGGAAUUCGCCUUUGAAUGCCUCAAAAAAUGCAUAUCUAUCGAGAAAGAUUCUGUUUGGCAUACGUCGAAAUCGGAUCCUAUAGCUGCGCUUUUGCUGGACCUGGAAAGCUCUGAAAAUGUUGCGGACGAACUAACUAAUCUGAAGAAGCAGCAAGAUUCGAAGGCUGGGCUUGUUUCCCUGAAACAUGUCUCAUUGUUGUCUUCUUCGUUCCAGUUCUUGAUUUUGACGUGUAUCUCUCCUUAUCUCGACAAAGCAUCAUUGAUUCAGGUG